CUCACUUCUCAUUGAAGGGCCGAUUAACGAACACAUAUUCCGCUUCUCGAAAAAAAAAAAUUCCCAAAAAUUUUUUUUAUAUUUUAAACAAUCCUAAAAUGAAUAACUCCAAACGCUCGCGACUCAGCGACAAGGAUGAAGGUCCGUGCAAAAUUCGAAAAGCGACCAACCUGUCGGAUAAGAAGGCAAUCGUAGAUCUAUUCUCUAGUUUCGUGAAUACACAUCAUUUUCGACCCAACCCCGAUGGUCAGAGGAUUGAUAAAAUAAUUGUAAUAAAGUUAGUGGAACGCUUAGAAACUACAGAUGUAAAUGAUCGCAAAUUUAUGCAGAGUAUAUUGCGGCGCGUCUAUUUAAAGUGCACCGACUUGCGUCUAUUUAUUCGAAAUCAGCUCAACGAUGUAUUCUUUCGAUUGAUUUUCGAAGGAACUGACUUUCAUUGCAUCCCAGAAAUUCUGGAAAUUUACUAUGAUAUAAUCAAGGGAUUUACUCAACCAUAUGAGACUGAACAUGAGCAACUGCUCUUUAAGAUCCUUUUGCCUUUGCACAAGCCGCCAUCGUUAACAAAGUAUUUUCAUCAGCUGAUAAAAUGCAUUAUUGCAUUCCUUAACCAAUAUCCAUCUUUCAUUGAAAAAUAUGUCAAAGGUCUUCUACGGCUCUGGCCGAAGACGUCCUUUACUAAGGUGACAUUGUUUCUAAGCGAGAUUGCCAGAAUUUUGGUAAUAAAAAAUGAGCAAGAGGUCAAGAAAGUCAUGCUGACGAUUUUUAAUCAUAUUGCAAAAUGUCUGUGUGAUGAAAGCAAUAAGAUAGCCGAGCACACUCUUCUUUUGUGGAAAAACAAUGCGGUUUUGGAGGUUAUACAUCGAAACCACGCGCUCAUCAUGCCCAUUGUAUAUCCACACGUAUUACGCGUAUUGAUACGUCAUUAUAUGAGAAAACCAAUGCAAACGAAUGCCUCCAUUGCUUUAUGUACUUUACUAAAAAUGAACAAUCCGAUGCUUAGAUGCCUGACUACUGUAUGCAUGAGCACCGAUCAUAGACCGAUGAAACACGACGCCGAGAAUUCUAUACCUAAGUAGAUUAUAUAAGAACUACAUUAAUGAUAACAACAGAAACAUUGCAUAUUUAUUUUAUAUGUCAAUAUUUCUUAACACUUCAUACUUUACAAACCAUAAAGAACUUUUAGCACAAUCGAAAUAUAUCUGCAAGCGGGCUAAUCUUUUCAAUGCUGAUCAAAUUAAGACAUAAACACGUUCCUGCAUAUACAUGAUCAAUCGCCAAAAAUUAAUCAAUUAAUCGAGGAUUUUAUACGGACUUUUGCAUACAACUUAAAAAUGGUGGCUUGAUAAUUAUCACAAAACAAUAUGACAAAACGGAAAAAAUGCAACCGAAUUUCGUGCGUUGUGUAUUCGUGGUGGAAUUGAAAACGAUAUUUUGAUAGUGAUGCUGAUAUGGAUAUUGAUAUUGAUCCACCUGCGAUCAACAACGUCGACGACCGGCAAAUAUAUAUGAACUCGACUAUGAUUUAUGAUCGCACCGAAUAAAAAAAAAAAAAAAACAAAACGAGCAACGCUGGACAACAGGUCAUAUUAAAGGAAGCGCGAAAGAGACGGUGCCAAGAGGUGCGACAGAGAGGGCCACACAAACAAGUCAAAUGUCAGAGGUUCGGCAUAGUGAAAUAAUUGAGCAAUUAAUUAAACCGGCGAAAAGAAAAAAAAAAUUAUAGAAAAAUCGUAAGAAGCGGAGGAACCAAUAUUCGGUGUAUAAAAGGCCACAAAUCAUCAAGGGGGAGCAUCAUUAAGCCAACAACUGAAAACCAUU